AUGAGCGACUCUGUGAGUGUCGUGCGGACACCCCCCAGUAUAGCUCAAUGGGUCGCCGAGGUACACAAACCGCCACACAACGUUUCCUGCGGUGCACGCGGUCUGAAUCUUGACCCAAAUCAAUACAGACUGCUCUCCACAACCAUCGAUGGACCACCACAGAUGUGGGCGAAAUGGGUGUUUAUUGAAUGCAAUGCUACAUCUGCAGGUCCUGGUGGCACAUUAAAACUUACGGGUUUACAGCUAAGCCAAGAGGCUAAUUCUCAUCCGGCCCCCUGGUGCGGCAAUGAAGACCGCCACGGCAUCUCUAUCACCCAUUCCUCCUCAUCGACCGUGCACAAGAUCUUGAAACUGACUGUCAGGGUUCACAAGGCCUACCCAACGAUCAGGCGCAUAUCUGAGGAUCGCCCUCUAGAGGCGCAAAAGCUGGGACACACGAACCCUAGAGAAGAGGCGCGAUACAGGCUUCUGAUUAGCGCCAGUUCAGCCGAGCCCAAACUUGUGGCCGAACCGACGGUAGUUAUAGUCCUUUGUGCUUUUAGAAGCACACCAACGCAAACGGUGGUGACUUCGGAUCGAGUUCAUACUGAACCGCCGCAAACCUUUCGACCACCGUAG